AUGGAAGCCGCGACCCCAGCCAAGCUCGGGACGUUCCUGGCGAUGUCGUUGAUCGUGAACAAGAUCAUCGGCACGGGGAUCUACUCAAACCCCGCCAUCAUCUACCGCUACGUCGAAGGGAACGCGGCGUUAUUCCUUGGGUUCUUCAUUUUGGGGGGGAUCAUCAUCGGGUGUGGCUUGAUGAUCUACCUCGAGUUCGCCAUGAACUUGCCCUUCACCAAUGGGGGCGAGAAGAACUACCUCUUGCGGGUGUGUCGCCAUUGGCCUAAGGGGCUCGCGGGGUGUAUCUAUGCGUUUCUGAUGGUGCUACUCGGGUUCUCGCUGGGCAAUGCCUAUACUUUUGGUCGCUACAUGCUAUACGCUGUGUCUGGUGAAGAGCACGCCUCUGAGUUGUGGGUGAAACUCAUCGCUGUGUUGUGCAUCACUGGGUGCACGUAUAUCCACUGGGGCCACCCUAACCUGGGUACUGUGUUCUUUAACGUGUUAGGGCUCAUCAAAGUGUUGGUAUUGGUGGUGAUUAUUCUCAUCGGCUUGCUUGUGGCGAUUGGGUGGGUAUCUACUGGCGAUGCUGGCGACCUGAAUUUCGACAACUUCUGGCUGUUUGAGAAGUCUCCAAGUGUCUAUAACUUGCUGGUGGCAUUGUUGCAGGUGGUCUACUCGUUUAAAGGGUGGGAAAACGCCAACUACGUAUUGUCUCAAGUGGAGAAUCCAAUCACCGUGCUCACCAUCGCUGCUCCAUGCGCCGUGUUUGCCACUACCAUCCUCUACUUUAUGGUGGUGGUACUGUACCUUGUCGUCAUCCCCAAACAGGAGUUCCUUCACAGUGGCGUACUCUGUGCUGGGAUCUUUUUCACGAAGAUUUUUGGCCAGCUGAUCACCUCGAGAGCAUUGCCCAUCAUGAUUGCCAUUUCCAACUUGGGCAAUGUAAUGGUGGUACUGUAUGCUCACUCGGUAGUUAACCAGGAGCUCGCCUGCAAUAACUACUUGCCGUGGCUGUCAGUAUGGCAAAAGUGGCACGCAGCAUUACUUCUCCACUGGGUGGUGUCAGUGAUCGUGGUGGUCGCCCCUCCCUCGCUGGAGAUCUACGAGUUCAUCGUCAACUUGUACAUAUACCCUGGUACCUGGAUCAACGUUGCGAUUGCCGCUGGUCUUGUCUACCUCCGCUAUACUCCAAGUGAACAUUGGAACACCGGCUAUCAGGAGGUUUUGGCCGAAGUAGUGGACUCUGACGACAUACGCCGCAGCCUGGUACUGUCAGACACUCCGCUCACGCCUCCGCGCCGGUGUAGCGUGUCGAUGACGCUGGUAGUCACUAGAAACGUGGUAACAUCGCCCUUAGUGGUUAUCGCGAUAUUCUUUGUGGCCAAUCUCUUCAUGGCGUUAUUCCCUUACGUGCCGCCACCCAAACAAGAUACCGCCAUCCCGUACUGGAUGUUCCCCACUAUCGGCACCGGGGUGCUCGUGUUGGGAGCAUUGUUUUGGAAAUAUCGACCAGGACACCCCAAGUACGAGGAACAGUACCAGCAACAAGAACUAGGAUAUUAA